AACGCGGACAAUGACAGCAUCUAUUUCUUCGGGGACUUCCUAAAUCUCGUAUGUACACUAUGCCUGACCGUUCAUCUACUUUGAGACAGCAUCAUUGUUCAAGUCGACCGCCAGGAUGCCUCGAUUGAAGCCGGGCGAAAGGAAGCGGGCCUAUGUCCCCAAGAGUCGGUCAGGCUGCCCGACAUGCAAGUUUCGGCGUGUCAAAUGCGACGAGAGGAGGCCGCAUUGUCGGAGAUGCACCUCUACGGGCCGCAAAUGCGAUUAUGACCGCAGCCUCUCACCUCACAGCGUUAUAAGUGGUACAUCUGUCACCGAGAGUCCUGUCUCCCACCCUAGGCUCAGCCCAUGUCUCGACGAGCAAGAAGGACGAGCCCUGGACUUCUUUCGUUCUGUUACCCUCCCUCAAGUAGCAGGAACUAAUCAUCGGGACUUCUGGGGCAAAUUGAUCCUGCAAGGAGCUCACUUCGAUGAAGCCACAUACCAUGCACUUCUUGCGCUUUCAAGCGUUCACGAGAAUUAUGUCACAGGCAAGGACGCAGGGGCUCGCCUCGACGCUUUUGCACUCAAGCAGUAUAAUAUGGCUAUCAGAGACCAUCUUGAUGUGCUUACCGUACUGUCUCGAUCUGAUGAGGUCGAAAGACCCUUCAUCUUACCCUGCUCCAUCAUCUUCAUUUGCAUAGAGUUGAUGCAGAAUCAUUUCAAAUCAGCCAUUCUUCUACUCAAAAAUACCUUCACCGCCCUCUCAAUGUUACAAGCCCGAGACAAGGAGAAAUCGCUCGAUCACAUAAAGACAGGCUCGACCGACCAAGAGCUUCUCCUCAGCCGCCUACAAUUUCAAGCUCGAGCUCUUGUCGGCCCAAAAUGGGGCCACACAUAUCGCUUACGCCCGAUCAUCGCCCACGUUGAGAUACCCCCCAGUUUCUCCUCUGUUGGUGAAGCUAAGGACUGCUUCCACACUCAGACAUAUAUACACGGUCCUUCUGGUAAGACCAAGGAUUCUCCGGAGAAGCCAGACUGGCCCUCAGGCUACAAAAGCGCUUUAGACGCAUAUCUCUCAUCCCUCACAUCCCCACUGAGUCUUGAGGAUAAUCAUCGCCUUCGUCUUAUCGAAAUACACCUACUUACUAUCCCUUUGGUGCCGAAGCUUAAUGGCCCUAACUCCAGCAGCAACAUUGUCGACGAAAUGCACUGGGACCAGUAUACGACAACCUUCAGCAAGAUACUUGAUCUGGCAGCGAGCACUAUCUAUGAUUUGGACACUCAUCUGGCCCCAUCAUUUUCUCUCGACUUCGGCAUCAUAGGUCCUCUCGGUAUCUUGACAAGUCGAUGUCGCGAUCCAAGUCUACGGCGCAAGGCAAUACAUCUUUUGCGCAUCUACAAUCGUCAAGAGGGCAUGUGGCACAGUUCUUUGACUGCCAAUGUCGCAGAGAGACUAGUCAAGAUCGAAGAAGCUGGUCUGGUCAAAGUCGAGCACUGUACAGAUAUUCCGCUGGCAGCACGUGUCUCGGAGGUGCGACUCCAUCACGACCUGGAUCAGCAACAAGUUAUGCUGUGUUAUUCACGGCAACAGAGCGCUGUGGAAUCCUUGAGGAUACAUGUCCAGGAGAAGAUAGCAUACUGGUAGUCAGCCUACAAUGCGUUCGAAAAGAUGUCUGGCUAUCAUAUCAUAUUCAUCAGUGUGCCCAGGCCGCUAAUGGCGCGAGGCUCUGAUAGGAUAUGUGACUCGAGCCUCAUUUGAUGGGAUGAUGAACAGAGGCUACCAGGCU